ACUGUGCUAUCUACCAAAAGGUGAAAACACAAACACAACAAUACUAUGCAUUUAUAAAAACAACAGACUUUUCAUAAGCUAUUAUGAGAGCUCUAUAUCAACACAAUUCCCAUUCUUCAUAUUCAUCAUAGCUAUCAUAACCUAUUUCACGUAGUAAACUAAAUGCAACACUUUUUUUAACCUUUCCAGCACAUAAAAAUCCACCAAUAAUAUCCAUUCUGAAACACCCUUUAAGUAACACUAACACUGAUACAUAACAAAACACAACACUUUUCAAACAAACAACCUCUGUUUUUUCCAAUGUCUACAUUCUGUAUAUACCUGUUCUUUCUUUCCUUAACCUUUUCAAUCUUCAACUUCAACCUCACUUCAUCAUCUUCAUCACAAGAACUUCAAACCCUUCUUUCAUUCAAAUCCACCAUUCAAGACACCAAAAACACUUUAUCAACUUGGUCAAACACUUCACAAACCCAUUUCUGUAACUGGACUGGUAUCUCUUGUUCUUCUUCUUCUUCUUCACCACUAUCAGUAACCUCUGUUAACCUUCAAAGCUUAAAUCUUUCUGGUGAUAUCUCAUCUUCCAUUUGUGACCUUCCAAAUCUCUUUGAUCUUAACCUUGCUAAUAAUGUUUUCAACCAACCUAUUCCUCUUCAUCUUUCUCAAUGUAGUUCAUUGAAAAGUUUGAAUCUUAGUAAUAAUCUUAUUUGGGGUACUAUCCCAUCUCAGAUUUCACUUUUUGUUUCAUUAUCUGUGCUUGAUUUGAGUAGAAAUCAUAUUGAAGGAAAUGUUCCAGAUACUUUAGGUUCAUUGAAGAAUCUUCAAGUGCUUAAUAUGGCUAAUAAUUUGCUUUCUGGUGAUGUACCUAAGGUGUUUGGUAAUUUUACUAAGUUAGAAAUUCUUGAUUUGUCUGAAAAUCCUUACUUGGUUAGUGAGAUUCCAGAGGAUAUUGGUCAGCUUGGGAAUCUAAAGCAGCUUUUUUUGCAAAGUUCUUCUUUUCAAGGUGAAAUUCCUGAGUCUUUGAAGGGUUUGACUAGUUUAAGUUAUUUAGAUCUCUCUCAGAAUAAUCUAACUGGUGAGGUUCCUAAGACUCUUGUGAGUUCUCUUAAGAAUCUUGUUUCUUUUGAUGUUUCACAAAAUAAGCUUAAAGGGUCAUUUCCAAAUGGUUUGUGUAGUGGAAAAGUGCUUAUAAAUUUAAGUCUUCACACAAAUAGUUUCACUGGUUUAAUACCAAACACAACUAGUGAGUGUAAGAGUCUUGAGAGAUUUCAAGUUCAGAACAAUGGUUUCUCUGGUGAUUUUCCUGUUGUGUUAUUUUCACUUCCUAAAAUUAAGCUCAUUAGAGGUGAAAACAAUAGAUUCACAGGACAAAUACCUGAGUCAAUCUUAGAAGCUGUUCAGUUAGAACAAGUUCAGCUUGAUAAUAAUCUUUUUGAUGGUAAAAUUCCUUUAGGUCUUGGUUUUGUUAAAAGCUUAUACAGAUUUUCUGCUUCUCUUAAUCAUUUCUAUGGUGAACUUCCUCCUAAUUUUUGUGACUCACCAGUUAUGAGUAUAGUGAAUCUCUCUCAUAACUCUCUUUCUGGUCAUAUACCUCAGUUGAAAAAAUGCAGGAAAUUAGUUUCACUUUCUUUAGCUGAUAACAGUUUCACAGGAGAAAUUCCUUCUUCUCUAGCUGAAUUACCUGUGCUUACUUACCUUGAUCUUUCAGAUAACAAUCUCACUGGUUCAAUUCCAUUAGGGCUUCAAAACUUGAAGCUUGCUCUUUUCAAUGUUUCCUUUAAUCAGUUAUCAGGUAAAGUGCCAUACUCAUUGAUAUCUGGUCUUCCUGCAUCAUUUUUGGAAGGUAAUCCUUCUCUUUGCGGUCCCGGAUUGCCGAAUUCAUGUUCUGAUGACAAGCCAAGACACCAUUCUGCUUCUGGUCUUACAACCUUGACAUGUGCUUUGAUCUCUCUAGCAUUUGUUGCUGGAACUGCUCUUGUUGCUGGUGGUUUUAUAUUGUAUAGGAGAUCUUGUAAAGAGAAUGAAGCUGCGGUGUGGCGUUCGGUGUUUUUCUUUCCUCUGAGAAUUACUGAGCAUGAUCUUGUUAUAGGGAUGAAUGAGAAAAGCUCAAUAGGAAAUGGAGUUUUUGGGAAUGUUUAUGUUGUGAGGUUACCUAGUGGUGAUUUAGUAUCUGUGAAGAAGUUGGUUAAAUUUGGAAACCAGUCUUCAAAGAGUUUGAAAGUUGAGGUCAAAACUUUGGCUAAAAUUAGGCAUAAGAAUAUUGUUAAGAUUCUUGGGUUUUGCCAUUCUGAUGAGUCAGUUUUUCUUAUUUAUGAAUACUUGCAUGGUGGGAGCUUAGGAGACUUGAUUUCUAGUCAGAAUUUUGAGUUGCAUUGGGGAGUUAGAUUAAGGAUUGCUAUUGGAGUUGCUCAAGGACUUGCAUAUCUUCACAAGGAUUAUGUUCCACACUUGGUUCAUAGAAAUGUCAAGUCAAAGAACAUUCUGUUGGAUGUUAACUUUGAGCCAAAACUUACACAUUUUGCUCUUGAUAGGAUUGUUGGAGAACCUGCAUUUCAAUCAACUUUGGAUUCUGAAGCUGCAUCUUCUUCUUGUUACAUUGCUCCAGAAUAUGGUUACAACAAAAAAGCAAGUGAACAAUUGGAUGUGUACAGCUUUGGUGUUGUAUUGCUAGAGCUAGUUUGUGGAAGACAAGCAGAGCAAACCGAUUCAAGUGAGUCCUCACUUGACAUAGUGAAAUGGGUUAGAAGGAAAGUGAACAUUACUAAUGGAGUGCACCAAGUUCUUGACAGUAAAAUAUCACAAACUUGUCACAAAGAAAUGGUUGGUGCUUUAGAUAUUGCUCUACGUUGCACUUCUGUGGUACCUGAAAAAAGGCCAUCAAUGUUAGAUGUUGUUAGAGGUCUUCAGUCUCUUGAGUCAAGGACUUGUGUUGCAAAUUUGCAGGGUCCAAAUGGUGAACCCUCCAUUGCUGUUUGAAUAUUUGAAUGAAAUUUUAUGUUCCAUCUCAAAGAUUGUUUUGAUGUCUUUGCAUGUAAAUUUUCAGCUUUAUAUUUCACUUUUUUUGUUUGCUCAAAGUGGAGGAACCGGAUUCGAAUCUCGUCAUGACGUUCAACCUAGCAAUUUCGACAUUUAUGCCAAUUUGAACUAGAAUUGUGUGACACUUUCUUUUUUAA